AUGGACCGUACCGAGUCUAAUCUGGCGCUGGAGAAGCAGGCCGACUACCAGCCUGUCCGGUCCCCUACGAAUGGCAAGGAGCACGAGCAGGACAUCACCCAUGGCUUCACACCCACUGAGCAGCGCAGCAUCAUCCGCCGCCUCGACCGCCGCCUCGUCGUAACGGUUGGGGCCAUGUACUGCGUGAGUCUGAUGGACCGCACCAAUAUGAGUGCCGCCAACAUUGCUGGCAUGAGCGCCGAGUUGACCCUGACAGGGUUCCGCUAUAAUAUUUGCAAUCUUGUCUUCUUUACCACCUAUAUUGUCUUCCAGCCUCCGUCUACUAUCCUUAUCCGCAAGAUCGGUCCCCGCUUCCACCUCGCUGGAAUCACACUCCUUUGGGGCGCCGUUAUGAUCGGAAUGGGCUUUGUGAAAGACUUCAGGUCGCUUGCCGGCCUACGCGCUAUCCUCGGUAUAUUUGAGGCUGGCUUCUUCCCCAGCUGUGUCUACCUUAUGAGCACAUGGUAUACUCGAUAUGAGAUUGGUAAGCGGUACUCCUUCUUCUACCUUAUUGGCUGUGUUGCCUCUGCCUUUGCCGGUAUCCUUGCCUUUGGUCUUAUGCAUCUCGGUGGCCACCAGAACCUUUCUGGCUGGCGCUGGAUCUUUAUUAUUGAGGGCGUCAUUACCUGCGCCUUGGGUAUUGCAGGCUACUGGCUGCUUGUCGACUUUCCCGACUCCACCCGCAAGUCGUGGAGCUUUUUAGGCCAACGUGAGCGCCAGUGGAUCAUUUCUCGCAUUAACCGCGACCGCGGCGACUCUGUAGCACCCCCCUUCAACUUGCGUAAGUUCAUCAAUGGUGGCGCUGACCCCAAGAUCUGGGCCUAUGCCAUGCUCUUCUUUGACACUACUACUAUCUCUUAUGCUCUUGCUUAUACGCUGCCCAUUAUUCUCAUGGAUAAUAUGGGCUUCUCCAUUGGUGCCGCCCAGUGCCUCGUCGCGCCGCCAUACGCUUUCGCCGGUAUUAUCAUGUCUGCCACCGCCUGGGUCGGCGACAAGUACCACGUUCGGGGACCGAUUAUCAUCUUCAACAUGACGCUUUGUCUCAUUGGCCUGCCUAUUAUGGGCUGGGCUGAGAGCGCCUCCGUCCGCUACUUUGGUGUCUUCCUCACCACGGCCGGUGCCAACAGUAACGUCCCUGCCGUUCUGUCCUUCCAGGCCAACAACGUUCGCGGCCAGUGGAAGAGAGCCUUCUGUAGCGCCACCCUUGUAGGCUUUGGCGGCAUCGGUGGUAUUGCUGGUAGCUUAGUCUUCCGGUCCCAGGAUGCAAAAACAGGCUACAAGCCUGGAAUGUGGGCGUGUAUUGCGUGCGCACUAUUGACUAUAGUUUUAGUCGUGUGCUGUGACCUUGAGUUCAUCCGCCAAAAUAAGAAGGCCGACCGAGGAGAGUUGCUAAUCGAGGCCCAUGACCAGGAUGCUUCUACUGAUUUCCGAUACACUCUAUAA